UUUGCCGAGCCCCGCCGGGGCCGUGGGGCGGCGGCGAGAGAGAGCUUCCCCGCCUCAGGGCACUCCCGAAGCAGAGCGGGGCCGGGGACCCGGCAGGAAAUGGAAGGAUGAAGUGUGCAGCCGGAGCGGUGAUGUUCGUCCUCUCCUUGCUCUCCCCUGCAGGAACGUAAUCCGCAAUGCUAGUUCUCAGGUUGCUCAAUGUUGUUGCUCCAGCCUACUUCUUGUGCAUCUCCCUAGUGACCUUCGUCCUCCAGAUCUUUCUCUUCAUCCCCAGCAUGUUCAGAGACCCCUCCACCACCCCACUUUUCUCUCCUGCUCUGCUGCAUGGGGCCCUCUUCCUCUUCCUCUCAGCUAAUGCCCUGGGCAACUACAUCCUCGUGAUCCAGAGCUCCCCUGAGGAACUGGGCAAGGGCUUAAACUUGGGCGAAGGAGCUGAAAUGAUGGCGGACUGGCUGGAUGGAAGCAGGUCCCCUGGCUCAGCCUUGCCCAGCACUCACUACUGUAGACUGUGUGCCAGAGUCACCCAGAGGCAUGACCACCACUGUUUCUUCACAGGGAACUGCAUUGGGAGCAGGAACAUGCGGAACUUCAUCAUGUUCUGCCUCUACACCUCUCUGGCUUGCCUCGACUCCCUGGUGGCAGGCAUGGCUUACAUUUCUGCUUCACUCUCCAUGUCCUUUGCAAACCCACUCGCCUUCCUCACACUUCUGCCUCACUCUAUCAGCCAGUUCUUCUCAGGGGCUCUGCUCAGCUCUGAGAUGUUUGUCAUCCUCAUGCUCUACCUCUGGCUUGGGAUUGGGCUGGCCUGUGCUGGGUUCUGCUGCCACCAGCUGCUGCUGAUCCUGCGUGGGCAGACACGGUACCAGGUGCGGAAGGGGAUGGUGGUGAAAGCCCGGCCCUGGAGGGAGAAUCUGCGGGAGGUCUUCGGCAAGAGAUGGCUGCUGGGGCUUCUCAUCCCCAUGCUGAACGUGGGAAGUGACUGCCGCAGGCAGAAAGUGAAAUAAAAACCCUGCAUGCGCAUCCCUUGCAGGCAGCACUCCCCAGCUCCCAGACCAUGAGGAGCUGGGCCACUUCAUCCCUUGAGACUGCAGCCUCUGCAGGAGGAUGGGACCGGCUAUCCAAAAGAAUCAAUUUAGCCUAUUAAUGCAGAGAUCACAAACCAUGUAGAGGAAGAGAUACUGCAGCUUAGUAGUCGCAUCACUGCACCUGCAUACAUGGCAACAGGCUUUGAACUAGCAGCAGGAUUAGUCUGAUCUCUGUUCCCUGCCCUUGGCCACCUGUAUGUCCCCAAACAAGCUACAGCAGGAGCUCCCUGAGAGCCUGGGUUGUUGUGAUAAGUUGCAAAACUGACAUCUGCUCAUUUGGAGCCUCCAAGGUGCCUUUGGCCCUUUUGUUCUGGAGGCAACAGCACUGAGAAGCCCUCCCUGGCAGACCUGCAAUGCAAUCAAGCCUCCAAAGGAGCAGGCUGUGAACAUGGCUAUGGCAGCGGAUAAAUCUGCUCUCAAAAGGCUAGGAAAACCAGGAAGGAAACAGAGAGAAAUCCAGUAUUUCUCCAUUUCUGUCUCAACCCGCUCCCUGUGCAAUGACAUGCCAACACUGCAGCUUUGCCACAUGCUUUCAGCAGUCCUUUGUCCAGGAAUGCAGCACAGACAAAGCUGCAGCAAGCAGAUAAAUCAGCAUCAGGCAGAGCACAGGGAGAGGCAAUGCAGAGGUGAAUGGAAAGCUGUGUCUGAGGAAAUGUACUGUCAGGCUGGGUGAGAGACAGAGACAAGAGCACGUUCAAGGACGUGCCCACGUCCCCCUGCACCACACUCUGCAGAGGGCACCGACACUGUUGGUGCUGUGGGGGGCUCUGAAUCCCAGAAACAGGAGCAGUUUCAGUGGAUCAGGACAUUUUGCACUAAAACCAAAAUGUUUACCUCGGACAUCCCCGCCACACCGUAUUUAUAGGCUCUCCAGAGCAAUUCCCUCUCACGUUGCUGCAGAGGGGUAAAUUCAUCCAUGUUAUAACUCCAUUAAGGAGGUUAAUGGAAUUACUACAGGGAUUAAUCAGCCUAACGUGUCAGUUGUUUUCCAGCUGCAGCAACAGCCCUUGAGAUCAGUGCAGAUAUGCUAUGCUACUAGGUGCCUUAAGAAAGAAUGAGCAACAUUGACCAGGAUCAUAGUGCUGAGCUCCUCAGCACCUGCAACAAGAAGCUGUUGUUUUGGCAAACUGCAUCAGCUUAUGUGGGCUGGGCAGAAAUCCAUUGCUUCUCUUUAAUAAGCUGGGGAGUAUGCUGACAAGCCGUGAAAAAUGUGUUUUCCCUUCCUCAAAAAUGCUCUCUAUGCAUCCCAGGUAGAGAAGCACACGUGCUCGCAUCCUUGCAUUCCUCAUGAGCCACAGCAGAGGCACGCAGUUCUAUAGCUUCACACUUGUGUACAUGUUUGGAUCAAUAAUAAAGUCUAUUGUGAUGAGCAAAGCAACCAUGAAAAUAUAUUAAAAAAACCCUAACUGGAUAAUUAAAACUUGUAGACUUGUAGCAUACAAGCCUUUCCACACUGUGUGUGUUCGCAUGAAUGCACCACUGUUGCAAUGUGUAAUAAUCUGUAUUUGCACUAAUGGUGAACAAUAAA